AUUCGCAAGGACACCGCGGAGGGGGCACAUCCGCGCUCCCACUUCCUCCCGACGCAGCCUGUGAUUGGCUCGCAGCCUGAGGAGGAACACGUGAAACAGCAGCUGCGGCUGGCAGAAACUUGCUGGUCGUCUCCGGGUAGCAUCGCACCGUACCGCGGUCAGCUCCGGACAGCCCGGCCUGGGGACAAUGAGGUCGUCAUGCGUCCUACUGGCCGCUCUGCUGGCGCUGGCCGCCUACUACGUGUACAUCCCACUGCCCAGCGCGGUGUCCGACCCCUGGAAACUGAUGCUGCUGGACGCCACUUUCCGCGGCGCGCAGCAAGUGAGUAACCUGAUACAUUCCCUGGGACUGAACCACCAUCUGAUCGCGCUGAAUUUCAUCAUCACCUCUUUUGGCAAGCAAAGUGCAAGGUCUUCUCCGAAAGUGAAGGUGACGGACACCGACUUCGAUGGGGUAGAAGUCCGAGUAUUUGAAGGUUCUCCAAAACCAGAAGAGCCGCUGCGACGCAGCGUCAUCUAUAUCCACGGAGGAGGCUGGGCCCUGGCUAGUGCAAAAAUCAGCUACUAUGACCAGCUGUGCACAACAAUGGCUGAGGAGCUGAACGCCGUCAUCGUUUCUAUUGAAUACAGGCUAGUCCCACAGGUUUAUUUUCCGGAGCAAAUCCAUGAUGUCAUCCGUGCCACUAAAUAUUUCCUGCAGCCAGAAGUCUUAGACAAGUACAAGGUCGACCCUGGAAGAGUCGGUAUUUCUGGAGACAGUGCUGGUGGGAAUCUGGCCGCCGCCCUUGGACAGCAGUUUACCUACGUUGCCAGCCUGAAGAAUAAGCUCAAACUGCAGGCUUUGGUCUACCCAGUCCUGCAGGCUUUGGACUUCAACACACCCUCUUACCAGCAAAGCGUGAACACUCCGAUCCUGCCGCGCCACGUCAUGGUUAGGUACUGGUUAGACUACUUCAAGGGUAACUACGACUUUGUAGAGGCGAUGAUUGUGAACAACCACACUUCACUUGAUGUAGAAAGGGCUGCAGCCCUCAGGGCCCGUCUCGACUGGACAUCCCUGUUGCCCUCGUCCAUCAAAAAGAACUACAAGCCUAUCAUGCAGACCACAGGGAAUGCCAGGAUCGUCCAGGAGAUCCCUCAACUGCUGGACGCUGCUGCUUCUCCGCUCAUCGCAGAGCAGGAAGUGCUUGAGGCCCUCCCGAAGACCUACAUCCUCACCUGCGAGCAUGACGUCCUGCGGGACGAUGGGAUCAUGUACGCCAAGCGCUUGGAGAGUGCGGGUGUGAACGUGACCUUGGACCACUUUGAGGACGGCUUCCACGGCUGUAUGAUUUUUACAAGCUGGCCGACCAACUUCUCCGUGGGAAUCCGGACUAGGAAUAGUUACAUCAAAUGGCUGGAUCAAAACCUGUGACGGAGGAAACUCCUCAGAGGCACGAAGCUCUUGACCUCCGUUUGCUUUGGAAAAAAAAAUCAAAAACAAAAAAACCACUGCGCAUUUCAAUCAUCUGCACCUUUCCCUCGUUUUGCAUUAGUACUGAAAUCUGUACCCUACAGACCUUAUAAUAAUUUGCAAAGUGACUCUGACUAACGCGGUUAAGAACAUCUGAACGUGGUUUCCCAAAUGACUCAGUUUUUGCUGUUCUUUUCUGAAGCCCGAGUGCUAGGUAGGAAUGGCCACAGUUUGAAGAGCUAGAAAUAGCCUUAGGUCAUGCUUCUGUUGUGUGCUUUCCAGAGCGGUUUUUAAAAGUUUAGGUAAGGUUGCAAAUUCUGAGGAACAACAACAACAACACAACCAUGAGCCUUUCUUCAGUUUGCUCCGGUUGACGCGGGUUGCAGAGCAGCGUCUAGUGGACACUCUGAGGCCAGCCCUUGGGACUGUGUAGCCUCUGCCUCCCAGGAUGUUGUCUUUCCUGUGGGAAUUUUGACAGGAUUUCUAGCAAGACAGAUUUCUUCUCGAAAGCUUUUCUUCCUCAGGAGUGUGAAUUUUCUGAGCUAGCUGCUGUAAAUUCAGUGAGGCUAAAGGGAUACUUGAAUGUUACUUUUUUCUCCUAAGAAAACGGGAGGCCACCUGCACUGGAUAUGUCCUUGGGGAAAUCUUUGGGGAACAAACUUAUUUAACUGUAGAGUAACUUUCCUAUUAUGAAAUAAGUAAAGGUAGAAAAAUAACGGUCUGUUGUUACUUAAGAGUACUCCUGGCAUAAAUUACUAGAAGUCGCGUGUAUAUAUUCGGGGGAGUAAGGAAAUAAGUUAUGUUUAAUAAUAGCUUAAGAUGACCAGCAAUGCCUGUAGAAGGCUUUGUCCGUUUUUGGCAGAAGGCCUAGGGCAUCGAAAACUCAACCUUUUCACUCGUAGCUGAAAAUGGGACUAUUUUGGUAUAGCAGUUGUUUAUUUUUUAAGUUAUUUAAUGUCAAUAUAUAUAGCUAAACAGGGUUUUUCUGAAAAACAUUAUAAAAAUUUUAAGAUAAAAGGUAUUUUAAAAAGAAAACUACCAUAAAGUUAUAUCAACAUGUAAUUUUUUGAGGAGAUAGAUAAGAAUGGUAGGCACCACAUGUAAGUCAGGGUCAAAUACUUGGAUAUUUAUCUGCAUAUGCAAAUUAAAAUAAUUAGAAACUUUCUACCUAGUACGUCAUGUUGUACUAGGUACAUGAUGCUGGUCGGCCAUCCUUAAUCCAAAAUUUUGAGUCAAGUCUUAUAAGUGGAAAAUUCCAGUGAACGUUUAUUUUGUAUAUAAAUUUUUAAACCUAUUGUGUGAAGCUACCCUCAGGCUAUGUAGAUCAGAUGUAUAAAAAGCACAAAUGAAUAUCUCAAUUACAUUUGGGUUCCAUUCUUAAGAUAUUUUAUUAUGUAUAUUCAAUUCAAAUAUUCUAAUGUCUAGAAAAAUGAAAACCUUGGAUACUCUGGUCCCGAGUUGUUCAGAUGAGGGAGAACCAACCUGUAGUUUAACAGCUUAGGUAAGACUCACUCUGCCCAUGCUGGCCAGGGGAACCCACCCGGGAAUCCUCUGGGUGAAGGGCAGAUGCUAGCACUGCCUGUUCUUCUUAGUUCUCCUUCCAUUCCUGUCCUGAAGUUCUAACUGCCGAGCCUUACCUUCAUAGAAGGUCUUCACUGCCAGUGUGGGCAUCUUGCAUAGUAAGGGAUUCCAGAUUAGAUAUGAGUUGAGCACCCUGCCUUUCUUCCUAUCACCCCGCUUCUGCUGAUAGUCCGUGCUACGUUAAGGGACUGAGCAGAGACCACUCAGCCAAGUCCUGAUCCAUUUCAUCAUGAAGAGGGCAGGACCUUUCCACUCUAGGAAGGGUGCGUGUUUCUGGUUUCCAGCAGCAGGAUAACAAGUGGGAAUUUACUCACUGACUUCUCAUUUAUCAUAAAAGCUGCAGCACCUUUAUGUACAGAGCAAUGUCACAGUGUGUUUGUGUGUGAGUGUGUGUGUGAGUGUGUGUGUGUGUGUGAGAGAGAGAGUGUGUGUGUGUGUGAGUGUAUGAGCGUGAGCGUGUGCUGUCUGCAUAUGGAAAUAACUACUGCACAGGCUACCUUGCUGAUGUGCCCAUGUCACUGGUCUCCCUUUUAGCUAAAAUCUGAGAGUAGAAUAACCUGAUCUUUGAGGCCUCUUCCAAUAUUAGUCUUUUCUAAGGUAAUUUUUAGUAGGUCAUAAUUCAGAAUACACUAACCUACUCAUCUCUGAAGACUGACUUUGCUCAUAAAUUGUUUUUUUUUUAAUUGGCCACAUAGCAUUAAUGCCUCCACAGGGUUACUGUGGUUCACAUUUAUGAUGUAAAUUGAUACCCAUCUUCAGCUGAAGUUGUUAUGGGGGGCUGGAAUCACAGUGUUUUUUAAACCUGAUAUUUUCAUUCCUAUUUGAGUGACAGCCAUCUUUUAAGGUGUUGGGCAUGGAACCCCAGGCCUUACAUGCUUGGCAAGCGCUUUACCCCCGAGCUACACCUGAAGCUCCAUUCCUGCUCCCUUCUGCACCAUUUAAAGGUGGGAACUAUAUUUUGACUUUAUCUACCUCUGAGAAAGAGGAAAAUGUAAUUAUUCACAGAGUUUCUCAAAAUGGCAUCUCUCUUCCCAAACUGUGAGCCAAAUUCUGCAGAAAUCAUGGACAGUAAAUGGUGGCAGAUGUCUGAAGGGGUCUCAAAGAUGCAAGAGAACAUGGGGGCAGAGGGGCCACCACCGCAUCAUCUGAUAUGUUAGUUUCGUUGUUCUUUGGGGCUUUAUUCUUCCAGGUAUGUUACACUCUGCAGCCUGAUCUCUCCGGUCUAAGACAGCCUGGCUUCGCUUUCCUGUGUUAUGAGGAGGUCACACUUUGGAAUACUGAAGGACAAUCUUGAGGUGCUGCAGAGCAUAGUAAACUCCUCUGGGUGUUUUCUGUGAGGACUCAGACUUACAGAAUGAUGCCGAAUGGAAUGUUUUGUGCAUGACCUUUUAACCUUUGACUCUUGCCCAAUUCCCCACUGCAAAGGGGAAGGCAGAUUUUAUGAAGAGCAUUAGGAAUAAAUACAUUUUAUAGAAUGGAAACCCAGUAUGGUACUGGGGAAGUUUAUUCAUGCUUGCAAUCUUGUUUGGAAAUAAAAUGGGUCCGUCUGGAAGCA